UCCUACGAAUUGAUAAAGCAAAGAGAAGGGUAAAGUUAGUCAUUUCACUUCACAAUUCCACCAGUCGCCUAUAUAAGUCUCUUGCUACAAAUAUUAGGGUAUAAAAGCCCCAAAUCACUUCCCUCUCUUCGACCAAAAAAUUCCUCUCUCUCGAUAUCUCUCCCUCUUCAAUCAUCGUGAAAAAGGAUUUGGAGAAUGGCUACGUUUGAGCUGUAUAGGAGGUCUACAAUUGGGAUGUGUUUGACUGAAACGCUUGAUGAGAUGGUUUCGAACGGGAUUCUUAGCCCCGAACACGCAAUUCAAGUGCUCGUUCAGUUUGAUAAGUCAAUGACUGAAGCUUUGGAGACUCAAGUGAAAAGCAAGGUUACUAUUAAGGGACAUCUGCACACCUACAGGUUCUGUGAUAAUGUGUGGACCUUUAUCUUACAAGAUGCUGUGUUCAAGAGUGAGGAGUGCCAGGAGACUGUUAACCGCGUCAAGAUUGUGGCAUGUGACUCGAAGUUGCUCACACAGUGAGAAGACAGCUGAUUGAGAGAAUUUUCUGUUACAGAUUUGCAUUUCUAUAAUUAAUGUAGAAAUCAACAUAAGUCUUGAGAGAUGAGGGUGUAGGGGAGGUGUGGUUAUAUGCAUUCUGGGUAUAUUUCCAGGGUUGCUCUACAAUUAUAUUUGUACAAACCAGCAAGCAGACAUCAAUAGCUAUCCGUAGUCAAACUGUUAUCUAUAUGAUGCCAAUGUAUUGUAUGGACCUUUUGUACAAUGUUAACUUUAGUAUCUCUGACAUUGAUAUGAGCUCAGGAAUCAAUUUUUCCUAUCUGGAACUUUUUAUGUUA